AUGAAUGUUUUGUUUAAUCUCCUGUCAAACACCUGCAGAAGGCUCCACCACAUCUACUGCCUCCACCACAUCUACUGCCUCCACCCCAACAGCAGGCACUCUAGGCCCACCAGCAGCAGUCCAGGGAAGAGCAGCUGUGGAUCCAACGAAAGGUUUUUCUUCAUCACCACAGCGAAGGCCCUGUUGCCGGUCCCUGCCCAGCUGCUCGCCAUUGCCCCAGAGCUCGGGAUAAGAGAGCAGGAGCCCGAUGUGUUGAAACAAAGUAUGACAAUACAUCAUCCCUACGGAGUAUUGCCCCUGUGGAAGCACAGGGAGACACUGUCCAUGAUGAAGUGUUUUAUAUGUUUGUGUUUUACAGCUCCAACAUGUCCUGCGCCUCCUGUCAGGCAGCCAGCAGCCCCAGGCUACAAUCAGGAUGUUGCACAGUGGAACUGCUCCCAUCAGCAGCAGAUCUGGAUGAAGACUGAGUUUGAGACAUUGGGUCUGUGGCCAGGGUCACGUCCAGUACGUCACCCAAUGAACAUGAUUACCCUGUGGCGCUAUCCACCUCAGCCUGAGCUCAUAGACAAUAUUGCUGCACUGCCUUCGCCCAAAUAUUUUCAGCUCCACCCAUUCUUCAUUUGGAAGCCGGAGCAUGCAAUCAUGGAGAGGGUGAGGAACAAUUUUGUCCUGCCCUGCCUUCAUGGUUGUCCCAACCCUCAGGUAGCUUCUUCUGGUGUUGGACGGCCCAGAGUGAUCAUCGGCACCAGUGGUCAGUACUAUCUCUUUGCUUCACGGCUCACCUGUAAAGCCUGUAAGAGGUACUGGCAUGCUGACAAACCCCAAUGGCUGGAGAUGUUGCCAAAGCGCUUCAAUAACAUUGUGCCAGCCUUCCUGACGCACAAAAAAGCCAUCUGCAAAUCGGUGAUGGAUGAGCUGAGACGCAGUGGCAGAUCACCGGAGGACAUGACCAAGCAGCUGACAGAGGCGGUCCAUCUUAAGUAUGAGCGAGCUCAUCUGGCCUACCUGCUGAGUGUGCAGAACAUCAGGGAUGCUGAGGAAGGAGCCUACGGCCAGAAGACCAUCACUGGGCACCUCAGACAGGCAGACACUCCAGCUUCAUUCGGGGGAUAUUCAGAUGCUGAUGGCUGGCGGGGAGUGUCUCUUUCUUCGCACUACCUGGUCAACUGCCAGGUCCAGGAGUAUCAGAGGCAGGAGCAGCUCCUCACACUACUGCUGCAGGGGACCUUUGGACGGGCACUGAGGUCGGAUCACACUCGGAAAGUGGCGAGGAAGGUCGUGCUGUCGUCUGGCACCAUGUCUUCCUACGCCAUCAUGAAUGAGAACUGGAUGAUCCUGAGCUGGGUGAUGCUGCAGUCAGAGUGUGAUCGGUCCCUUCAUCUGGUGUAUCAGGGACUGGCUCAACGCUACACUGCAGCUGGAGUGGAGAAGGCAUGCUGCCACUGGGUGGACAGGGACUGCUGUGCUGCCUUCAAGGUCCUGGACACCAGAGCUCAGGAGCACCUGUCAUGGGACUGCUGGAAGACCACAGAGGCUAUAGUCACAGAGGCCACCUCUGGAAACCUCGCCAACACAAGUGCCGCAAGGAACAAGUUUAAUGUAGACAUUAGCAUCAAGUUAGACUUGUUUCAUUGUAUGCGCCGGCUUACCAGAGAGUGUGUGUCAGAGCAUCAUCCUCUGUACAGCUCCUUCUGCCAGUUCCUCUCUGCAGCCUUUCUCGUUGUGGACCAGGGGGAUCUCGAGAGGCUGAAGGACGCUUACACCUUCUGUGGAAUCUCUCCUGCCAAUCCAACCAAGCAGCACAUGAGAGAUCACUGCAGGACACAGGUGCCACAGCCCAGAGAACUGCUGCAGAGAGUGGAAGACGUCCUCCAUCACUUCCACCUGGCAAAGGACAUGAAUGAUGUGCUCCUCUAUAAGGCCUCCAUGUUCAAGGUGUGGAGGAUUCAGCGGAUACACAUCUUAAGAGGCUGCUUGAGCGACCCUGAGGUGGAGGAGGGGAUCCUCUACAGAUACGGUGGCACCUUGCAGCUUAAUUACACCAAGGGCGAAGGAGCGGCUGUACCUGUUUGGAUCCCUGUUAGAGGCACGUCUCAGCAGGAGGGCUUCCACUGUCACCAGGCCCAGUGGGUGACUGGCAACCGGGUGUCCACUGAGCUCUUCCAGGCCCAGGCCAUGACUGGAGUGGUGCGCUGGAACUUUCAGAGGCUUGUGGACCUGAAGCAGCCUGGUGUGGAGCUGCCAGCUGUGUUUGACCCCCUGCUCAUUUGGGAACUGAACGCAGCCUGUCAAAGGGUGACAGGGGUGCGAAAAUACCCAGCUCUGCACAUCUCAAACAGGGACACAGGGGAGAGAUUCGGGCUGCAGUACGUGGAGCCAGGCUGUCGUCCUGUGGUUUUAAACUGGGACAAACACAGGACACAGCACAACACCUCUGCUGCUGUAACCGUGGCAACACAGCUGCACUCCUCUGCCCUGGAUGAAGUGCAGGACAUUGUUGCGGGCACAGACUCUCAGGAGACCAGUGAUGGCACUGUCCAGGACAACCCAGUGGGAGCAGUGCCGAUCCUCAGUUUCCAGCCACCUAUGCCAGCAUCUGCCACAGCCAAAGAAGAGCCUCACCCUUUGAUGGAUACAGACCUGCGAGGGGUAGCGCCACUGCCCAUAUCCUCCUCUCCUCGAGCCGCCCGCACUGGACCCAUUAAGACGGGAGGCCUGGUUCAAGUCCUGGACCACGGCCGGUGGACGGCCCCCAUGAGAGCAGCCAUCGAUGGGCUUCUGGCUAAACAUCAUGGAGCCAAAGCUCUUCUGAAGAGGGUGGAUGCGGAAUAUGCUGCCAUGGUGCAGAGGGCGUGCACGGAUCCCAACAGCCUCCUUCAUCCGACCACAGGCCAGCAUAUCUCCAGAUAUGUCAAGCAUCUGGCCAAGCUGAAAAACACCAGCUCCUCUCUCAACACCAGCCCAGAGAAGGUUUUAGAGACUCAGCAGCUGUGGCAGAGUUUGACCACAGGCAGCAAAACAGUCUGUGGCUCCCCCCCGGAGGAGUCACUGAGCCGGGCCACAGUGGAGAAGAUCGUGUCAGAGAUCCUCCAGAAACAGCAGCAACAACCAAGGCAGGAGAGAAAGGUGCCCAGAAACUGUUUGUCCUGUGGUCAGCCAAAGUCCAGGGAGCUUGAGGCUGUAAAAGAGAGGAGUGCAGCGUGGAAGAAGGUGGCAGAGGAGAGGACAAAGCGAAAGUCUGCAGUGCAGCUUCCAACAGGGAAAUACAUAUACUGCCCCUCCAGAGUGUUGUCCCUUUACAAGGACAAGGGCAUGGUCAAGGAGAUGACCUGGAUGGAGUUCCAGCAGUCAGACUUUUUUGAGGCAGAAAGGGUCCGAUGGGUUUCAGAGAAGAGGAGUUGA